AUGGACUCGGCUGUUCUCAACCAGCUGUUUCGGCAGCUGUUCCGACAUCCUGCUUGUCAAUCCCUCCGGCCGUCACUGUCCGGUCGCAGAGCAAAUUGCGUGCGAUUAUCUGGCCCGUCCCGGCAACAAUGUCGCUCGUUCCUCACUAGACGCGCACCCACCAAGCGCAAGGAACCAGAUGAUGGGAUGCUUUGGUCCAGACGGGGUGAUUACCCAAAGGAUAUUGGGGAGGAAUUGAAGGUGUAUCCAUUGGUCACGGCCAAGGACCUGCGUCAUCGUCGUGACCGACCCCGGCAGGUGAAGAUGCUGACGAGAGAGUUUAUUGAUGAUAGCUUGUAUAACCCCCAUUAUGGGUACUUUUCGAAGCACGCGACCAUUUUCAGUCCCGGAGAGCCAUUCGACUUCAACAGCAUCAACGACGGUCCUGAGUUUCACCGAAUGCUGGGAGAACGGUAUACAGAGUUUGAGGACAAGCUAGAUGAAACGCAUCCCGAUGUUGCACGUCAACUAUGGCACACACCUACGGAGCUGUUUCGCCCCUACUACGGAGAGACCAUCGCACGAUAUCUGGUGUCGAAUUACAAGUUGACGCUAUACCCUUACCACGACCUAAUAAUAUACGAAAUGGGAGCUGGAAACGGAACCAUGAUGAUCAAUAUUCUGGAUUUUAUCCGAGACACAGACUACGAGGUCUACCAGCGGACCAAGUUCAAGAUUAUUGAAAUUUCGCCCGCUCUCGCAGGCCUCCAAAUGAAGAACUUGGUGGAUUCGAUCAACGCGGCUGGACACUUGGACCAUGUUGAGAUCAUCAACCGCUCCAUCUUCGACUGGGACACGUACGUCCAUUCGCCCUGCUUUUUCCUCGGAUUGGAAGUGUUUGACAAUUUCGGUCACGAUGCUAUCCGCUACGACACCAAGACCGAGCUGCCUCAACAAGGAGGGGUGUUGAUUGACGGGGAUGGUGAAUUCCACGAAUUCUACAAUACCCAGUUGGAUCCUGUGGCUUCUCGAUUCCUCCGAGUGCGACAGGCUGCUGCUCGGCGCCAGUUCCCGAGUCCCUUGGGCCCGAAGUUCCUGCGGGGAGCUCGGAGUGCCUUACCCCUGCAAAGAUUCACCCAACCCGAAUAUAUACCAACUAGGCUCAUGCAGUUCUUUGACAUCCUUGACACCUAUUUCCCUGCGCAUCGGUUGGUGGCGAGUGACUUUAGCACUCUCCCGGAUGCCGUGCCUGGCGUGAAUGCGCCAGUAGUGCAAACCCGUUACAAGAGGCGGACCGUACCCGUCUCUACUCCAUUUGUUCACCAAGGCUACUUUGAUAUCUUCUUCCCAACAGACUUCAACGUCAUCGAGGACGUCUACCGCGCCGUGACCGGAAAGUUGACACAGGUCAUGAGUCAUGAAGACUUUGUGCGGCGUUGGGCAUAUAUUGAGGAUACGGAGACAAGGAGCGGAGAGAAUCCGUUGCUGACAUGGUACAAGAAUGCUAGUAUGUUGAUGACGGUAUAA